AUGAAGUCAGGCCUUCUAUCAAGAAGGGAUAAUUCAAGCAGCCAUCCAGGCUUUGGAAAAGGGGUCGAAUUUCGGAUGCCUGAGCCACAGCACGUGCGUACAAGACGAAUCCCUCUCCCAACACCAGCUUGGUUGAGCGACUACACAGCCGUAAAGUACCAAAAGAUUCUUGGCAUCAAAACUCGAGAGUGCAGUUCUAUAAAGGAGUCAAUGCUUCUCCGGGGGAUAAUGUAUCAUUGGAUGAACGAGACCAAGAAGUAUCUCACGCACCUUACACAGAGCCCACCAAGUCAAGCAAGGGCUGUCGGAGACUAA